AUUUCCAAACAAAAAAGAGAAACAAAAGGGGAAAAGAGAGAGAAAAAAAUGUUGUCCUUUUUCCCUCCAUUCCAAAACAGAGAAGAAACACAUGCAACUGCGUCUCUUCCCCUUCUCUUUUUUCUCUGGUUUUCAGCUUUUAGCACCAAAAAACUCCAUUUUUGAGUAGACCAAGAAAAACCCAUCUUCUCAAUUCCAUUUUUAUAUACUUUUCUUGGACCAAUUUCAUCUGUUUUGCUCUUUUUUUUCCGUUUCUGAUCAUCGUUUUUGCUAUUAAUUUAAGAAAAAGAAGAACUUGGGGUUGUUAAUUUCAGUAUUUAAGAAGUACCCAGAAUGGGAAAAUUCGAUUUUGGUUGGGUUUCGUUGUUGUUAGUUAUACUUGUUUGGAGUGUAUAUGUGGGAGGUGAAGGGGUAAUUAAAGUGCAUUCUAAGUUUGCUGGGUUGGAAAGGAAUUUGCGUGCCCUAAAAGCUCAUGAUGAAAUGCGCCAUCUCCAUAUUCUCGCCGGCAUCGACCUUCCUAUCGGCGGAACUGGCCGUCCUAAUUCCAUCGGGCUUUACUUUACUGAGAUUGGGAUUGGAACACCUCCAAAUAAUUAUUUUGUUCAAGUGGAUACGGGAAGUGAUAUAAUGUGGGUUAACUGCAUUGCAUGUGAAAGAUGCCCCAAAAGAGGCUAUCGUAAUAUCGAUCUAACACUCUACAAUCCAAGGGAUUCGCUCACUGGUAAACUCAUUCGUUGUGGUCAAUCAUUUUGCAAAGACUUCUACAGAGGUUCAGUAUUAGGCUGCUCUGGUAAUAGUUCUUGUACAUAUACUCAAAAUUAUGGAGAUGGAAGCUCUACAAGGGGCUACUUCGUGGAGGAUGUUAUCCAAUACGAUAAGGUGUCAGGUGAUCUCCAAACUAAAUCAGCAAAUGGGAGUGUUAUUUUCGGGUGUGGUGUAAUACAAUCUGCUGACCUGAUUUCUUCUGAUGAAGCUUUUGAUGGGAUUCUUGGAUUUGGGAAAUCAAACUCAUCCAUACUUUCCCAGCUGGCUUCAUCUGGAAAAGUGAAGAAAAUGUUCGCACACUGCCUUGAUGGUUUGAAUGAUGGUGGUAUUUUUGCCGUUGGAAAUGUUGUGCAACCAAAAGUGAACAUGACUUCUUUGGUACCUAACCAGCAACAUUACAGUGUCAAUAUGAUGGCCGUUGAAGUUGGUUAUCAGUUUCUAAACCUGUCUGCUGAUGUAUUUCUGAAUGGAGAGAACCAUAAAGUAAUAAUUGAUAGUGGAACAACAUUGGCUUAUCUUUCCGAGGUGAUUUAUAGUCCACUAGUGAAAAAGAUACUCUCCUGGCAACCUGAUCUGAAAUUGCAUCAUGAUGAGUAUACAUGCUUUGAAUACUCUGGAAGCUAUUUUCUAGUCAUCCAGGUUAAAAGAUGUCCAAAUGCAAUAACUUUUGCCUCCAACUGUUGCAGUGUUGAUGAUGGAUUUCCUCAAGUCACUUUUCAUUUCGAAAAUUCUCUAUCUUUAAGAGUUAGACCCCAUGAGUAUCUGUUCCCGGAUGAAGAUUUAGUUUGCAUUGGAUGGCAAAACAGUGGUAAUCUAUCAAGGGACAAUUGGAACCUCACAGUUUUUGGAGAUUUGGUACUCUCAAAUAGGCUGAUCCUGUAUGAUCUUGAAAACCAGGCCAUUGGUUGGACUGAAUAUAAUUGCUCAUCAAACAUUUCAUUAAAAGAUGAAAUUACUGGAUUAGUUCAUUUAGUAGGUGCUCACACCCUGUCGAGUGGUUCUCGUUUGACAGCGCAAAUGGCUAUGACAUUCUUGUUGUUAGCAGCUCUGCUGCACAAUCCAUUCAACUAGUAAAUCUGGUAAGUAUUUAGCUUCUCUGGUACCUGAGACAAGAAGCGUGCGUUCGUUCGUUCGACUGUGAAGAAAAAAAUACUUCAAAAGUGUUGAUACAACCCUUGUAGCUGUGUCUCUGUGUGCAUAUUUUUGAAAUAUAGAACAGAUUAACAAAGAAUUCCAUUUUGUAUGUUACAAAAUGCUUCAAUGAAAGUGGAGUUCUGGUUAUAUUUA